AUGAAGGCUUUACAUACACUUAGUUUUGUUAAACCAUUCAAUUGGCAUUCCAUUGGAGAAUGGACAUUUAUCAAUUUAUUCACUUCUUCCAAUAUAAUGCCUGUUUUAAGACGAGUGAAUUUUUCUCUUGUUAUUGAUGUUAAUGAUCUUAUUCAAAUGCGUAAUUCAGCACUUUUUAUAGACUCUCGUCAUAUUGAUAUUCAUUAUGCUUUUAUUGUUAUUGAUGAUCGUCCACAUGAAGAACUUGUUAAUUAUGUACCAUGCAGUAGUCAAUCAUAUUCUCGUCAAAAAGCUAGUGAAAGAUUUAUUUCUGAUUGUUGGCCUGAUAAUCAACCAUUUACAACUCCGGGCUUAAAUUAUGUAAGUUUUCUUUUUUAA